AUGACCUCCAGGACCCCUCUGUGGGUUACAGCCUGUUCGCGUUACUCUUACCACAACUUAAGACGUCUGCGGUGGGGUGUGAGGAAAAGUAAAAGACCGGUAUUUUCACAUCCCCAGGUACCAGAAGCUCAGAAGACUGACCGUUCCAGCCACCUGAGUGGGCCCAGGGCUCGCAGCUGCCCAUGUGUCCCUCCAGACAGGCUGCUUGCUAAAAUGAGGGAUCUUCUUCAGUACGCCGCCUGCUUCUUUGCCUUUUUCUCUACUGGGUUCUUGGUUGUGGCCACCUGGACAGACUGUUGGAUGGUGAAUGCUGACGAUUCCCUGGAGGUGAGCACCAAAUGCCGAGGCCUCUGGUGGGAGUGUGUCACGAACGUUUUUGAUGGGAUUCGCACCUGUGACGAGUAUGAUUCUAUCCUUGCCGAACACCCCUUGAAGCUGGUGGUAACUCGAGCGUUGAUGAUUACUGCAGAUAUUUUAGCUGGAUUUGGAUUUAUAACCCUGCUUCUUGGUCUCCACUGUGUGAAAUUCCUCCCUGAUGAGCCAUACAUCAAAGUCCGCAUCUGCUUUGUUGCUGGAACCAUAUUACUAAUAGCAGGUGCCCCAGGAAUCAUUGGUUCAGUGUGGUAUGCUGUUGAUGUUUAUGUAGAACGUUCUUCUCUGGUUUUGCACAAUAUAUUUCUUGGCAUCCAAUAUAAAUUUGGUUGGUCUUGCUGGCUUGGAAUGGCUGGGUCUCUGGGUUGCUUUUUGGCUGGUGCUGUCCUGACAUGCUGCUUAUACCUCUUCAAAGAUGUUGGACCUGAAAGGAAUUAUCCGUAUUCCAUGAGGAAAGCCUACUCAAAUGCAGCUAUUUCCAUGGCCAAGUCAUACGUAGCCCCUCGGACAGAGACCGCCAAAAUGUAUGCCGUGGACACGAGAGUGUAAUGUGCCACACAUCAGUCUGUGUAUAUAUGUUCCUGAAAUGAUCAAUCAAUAUGUUUAGGUUAAUACAAUGGCAGGUUGAUCUAGGAGCACUUACUUAGUCCUCAUGUUCAACUAAGUUAAUUGCUCAGCUUAAUCAGGAAGUUUGAUUCUGCUAUCACUGCUCCUUUUCUGUUAUUCCCAUAUUCUCCCUCCUUUCUACCCUCCUCUUGCACAUGCUCACAUACACUUGCCUUGUAUUUGUAGAUAAGGUUGCUAGGAUAUACAAAUGUUUGUGAUUUCAUAUUGCUAUUAGAGAUUGUGACAUGGUGAUAUUCAAGUAAAAUGAUACUUUAAGACUAGAAAGCAACCUUUAAAAGAGGCCAGAGAUUCUAAUCUUUGAAGGUAUUGACAGCCUCUUAGCUCCUUCUCUGGCUUUUGGUUCAUUCUUUGUGUUCUCAAUUGAGUUAUUUGAUAACUUUGAAGAUGAUUUUCCACAUUUAAACUAGUAUAUCAAACCCUACUGUUACUCUGACUCUGUUAAAAUAGAAAAAAGAAAUUAACAGCUUCAUCUACCAGCUGCUGGUGGAACUGAAAGAUAAGAAGUGUCCCCUCCAUACUUGGAAUGUCAAAAGCAAAUGUCAGAUUAAUACUAGAGCAGUGGUCACUGUCUUCCUCGUAAACAACAUAAGAGAUCUGUGUAUUAUUUUAUUGCUACUGUAAGUUUGCCUAUAUAUUGCCAAAUUAUUAGACCACAGCUGCAACAGCUAAACCAGAGAGUUCAGUCAUUUAUAUAUUGGACAUCCAAAAAUGUUUCAAAAAUGCACCAUAUUAAAAUUCACUGAUUCAGGUGUUCUCCCACCAACUGGAUCCUUAGCACCCAGGAAAAUAUCUGACAAAUGAUAAAAUUUAACAAAUAUUUGUUGAUUGGAAGAAAUAAAUUCUCACAACUCUCCACUAAAAUAAAGAUCAGUUUUUCUCACAAAAUGUCUAUUUGUCGAGAAAAAAAAUGGAAUUAUAUAUUUAAUAAUACACGUAGAGAAAUCAGUGAAUGAUUGCUAAUAGCAUCUUGUUCAUAUUCACACUGUGGUCAUACAUUUUUUUUUAAAUGGUAGGGUUUGUUUUUAAAGUUAUAUAAUUUAAUCUCAGGUUUUCUGAUUUCUUGUAAGUCACAUGAAUAGCUUAAUGCUUUUUCAGUACCUUAACAGGCUAUCCACUGAACUAGAUAGUAGUUCUCUGGAAAAUGGAAAUUUAGCUGAGAAUUUCUGAAGACCCCCAAAAGAAGUAUUUUAAGUUAAUAAAAGCUAAAAACAAUGUGAAAAUAAGAUGAUGAAAGCCUAGAACAUAUAUUUACAUUGAGAGUGGUGUUCAUGACUUCACAUGGUAUCUCUUUACUAGUAUUCUCAGGAGAGAUUCUAAUCUAAUUUUAAGGUUAAGAAUAACUGAUUCACUUCUAUUUCAUGGAUAUUAUUAACCAUGUAAUUGACACUUAAAAAUUAUUUGUAGAUCAUGUUUACCUGUUAUAUUGGUGUCAUUCUAUGCAGUUUAAAAUUAAUUUCGUGUUGUUCUUUCUCAGCCUUGGUUUUUAAAAUUUUUAUUCCCAUCCUUAUUUUAUGAUACAUUGUCUGUCAUGUUUUACAUAUUCUAACAAGUCUCUUGAAAUUCUUCUUGGGAAAGGCAGGGUAAAAUUAAUUAAAUAACUCAUUAGAU